AUUUGAGAGGAGAAGAGAAGGAAGGAAGGAGGGGCAGAACAGCCUCGCCUACUGGGUGGUCGUGAAGUUAGUUAAGAGUUCCUCCAUGCAAGUGAUGGCCCACUGUGGUGGGGAACUCGUGUGUGUGCGCGUGCGUGGCUGUGCGGUGCUGGUCCACUCCGUCGCUUAGGCUUGAUGCGCGCGCGCCACAGCGCUGGUACCGAAAGGGAAAGGCCCAGAGAGGGAGAAGGUGGUGAUGAGGUUAGAGAAGGACCAAGGCUGCACAGUCCUGUGGCGACCCUGAUGCUUGUUUUUAAAGUGUCUCUUUCUCUCUUCAUCUUCUUCUUCUUUCUCCUCGUCCCCUGCCGCAGUCACUUUGAUACGUGGGUGAACUAAACAUGAAUUUGUUGUGCAACGAAGGCGUCGUCAAGGGUCAGCUGGACCCCAACAUUUACAGCAACGACAGAGUGCUGCAGAGUCUCCUGACAGUCGAGGACUCUUUUCUACCACAAGCUACUUAUUUCCAGAACGUGCAGAAAGAAGUGCAGCCCUGCAUGAGGAAGAUUGUCGCCACUUGGAUGUUGGAGGUUUGUGAAGUAGAGGAAUGUGAGGAAGAAGUUUUCCCUCUGGCUGUCAAUUACCUGGACCGAUUUCUCUCUCUCGUGCAAACUAAAAAGUCGUGUUUGCAGCUUCUGGCUGCCGCCUGCCUUUUCCUGGCGUCCAAACUGAAAUCGUACCGACCCAUCUCCGCUAAAAAACUCUGUCUUUACACGGACAACUCCAUCACGUCACAAGAGCUGCUGGAAUGGGAACUGGUAGUUCUGGGAAAAUUGAAGUGGAACCUGGCAGCUGUUACACCUCACGACUUCAUAGAGCACAUCCUGCUCAAGCUCUCCUUACCUAAGGACAGAGUGACGCUGAUUCGAAAACAUGCACAGACUUUCAUUGCCCUUUGUGCCACAGAUCACAGCUUUGCGAUGUAUCCUCCCUCCAUGGUCGCCGCAGGGAGCAUCGGCGCUGCGGUGUGUGGACUCCAGAUCAGCUGCAUGGAGAGCAGUGUUUGGGGGGAGAGCGUGACUGAACUGCUGGCCAAAAUCACCCAUAUUGAAGUAGAUUGUCUGAAGUCGUGUCAGGAAAAGAUCGAGCAACUGCUGGCUCACAACCUCCGAGAAAGCCAGCAGCACAAGCAUCCGGAGGGCGGGGCCAACAAAAAAGAGGUGGAGCCUCAGAGCCAGUCCUACACACCGACAGACGUGCGCGACGUCAAUUUAUGAUGCCUUUUCACCCUCGUAACCAGCAGAAUUCGUUGAUCUGGGGGGAGAAAAAAGAAGCAAUUAUACUUAUCUAUUUUAAUAAUUAUAGCUAAUAAUUUUAUCCAUAUAACUUAUAAAUCUAUAAUAUAUUUAUAUAAACAGCACAGAGUUUAAAGUAGUAUGAGAAGUACAGGAAAUAUGUAUGAAAGCAAUAUUUUAGAAAUUAAUGAUUUUUUUUUUUUGUAAAAGAGAAUAAUAAAGGAGAAUUUAUGCUUAUGUACAUGUAUACUUGAAAAACUAAAAUUGCAAUUAUUAUUCGUUUUAUUACUAUUAUAUUUGCUAUUAUUAUGAAGGUGUUACACCAUACUAGGUAGUGUCACAGUGAUUAAAUUCGUGACUACUACACGAGGGAGAAGCGUAUCGUGCACGCUAGCCACGUUUCGAGCGAACGGGAUAGCUGCACUGCUGCGAGUGCUGAUCCCCACAAAACAAUUUUCCAGCCAAAAUUUAUUCCAGGCCAAAGACUAAUACUGCCUUACAGAACAGCAGUGUCUCUGUGAAGGCAGGACUGAGAGCGCUGCAGGGCAGGACGGUGGCCGAUGAAUCGAUCCGAAGCCGUUUGUAGUUUGCAGGUACAAUAGUGGAAGCAGGAAGGAAUAAUCCCUAAUGAUGCACAGUGUACAAGUUUCUAUUGAAGUAUAGGGGAUAAAAACACUGCAGAUUCGAAGGAAGGUUCAAGGGUCAAGCUUCUGUGAGACUCAUGUAAGUAAACGGAGUAGAGAGAAAACAGGAAGUGAGUGACAAUGAGAAAGGAAAGGAAAGUCGGUGAGGUGGUGGAAUAUGCAGAAUCGCAGUAACGGUGCAGAGAGUAAGAGGCUUCUUUAAGGAACAGGACAUGGGGACUGUCGCACAGUAUCCUGGUUUGAAAUCUUAUAGCAAGUCCAUCAACUUCACACAACUCAUCAGUUAUUGAUUAUUUCCUGCGAGAGAUUUUAAGGAAAAACCAAAACAAAAAAAAACUGCACUUUUUUCCCCAUUAUUCCAGAAUUAGUACCAUGUACAAGGAAAUAAAUAGAGGCUAUUUUUUUCUAAUUAAUUUUUAUCUCUUUUUUUUUUUUUUUUUUUUUUUUUUAAGGUAAUUUUAAGUUAUUUUCUAUUCUGGGGCUGGUUUCCCAUCGUGUUAGGUAUACUUGCAGGGUUUACUAGUAAGCAUUACCCAAAGGUAGCAAUCGGAAAGUUGUGCUAAAAUAUUAUUUUAUUUUAUUUUUUACAUUUUAUUUUAAUCUUUUUAUUUUAAUUUUUUUCCAAGGAUUUGCACCAUGCAGGUUUAGAUAGCAUAAUAUUAAAUUGAUCUCGUAGUUUUCGUAGUGGUUUUUAUCUUUUGCCAGUGUCUUAACGGCUCAUUAUAUAUAAAAAAAAAUUUUAUUAUUUUUUUUUUUGUACUUGAAUUUCACUCUUGCUGAUUCACCUCAAAACAUCAGUUAAAUUUCUAUGCAAAUGUUUAUUUAAAAAGAAAAAAAGCAAACAAAAAAGAUGAUAAAUGUGUGUAGUAAUAUGCUGUUAAACACCAAUUUACAUUCCAGAACAUUUACCAUAUGUAUGCUCUACUGUAGUCUUAUGAGACCAUAUAAGAUUUAUAUCAGCUCUCUCUCUCUCUCUCUCUUUUCUCUCUCUCUCUCUCUCUCUCUCUCUCUCUCUCUCUCUCUCUUUGUGUUUUUUUCCUGUCAUAAGAUUCUAAAGAUAUGCUGCUAAAAUAAAAAAAAAAAAAGAGCUUUUUUUUUUUUUUUUGGUCUUACACCGUUCCACUUUUUGUGCUGCUACAACAUGAUUAUUUUUGUAUGCUAGCUUGAGCUUUAUUUUUAAGGACCUGCUGGAGUGGAAGGUGAAGCAAGCUUGGGGUUCAGGUGCGAGCGCUCGGCGUCCAAUCAGGUUCCUUUCUGCAUGUCUGGUGCUGUUGUUGUUAAUGCUCUUUUGCUUCUUGACAGCAAUAAGAAAAGAAAAACCAGGAACGCUUGCUGCUUCACUUCUUCUUGGUUGUGUAAGUUGAUCAGGGAGCUCCUGCUGCCAGCUGUAUUGCGGCCUUGGCUGCUGUCCCGUUUCUUGUCAUUGGUUUACUUUCGGCUCUCUGAUCAGGCUUGGUAAAGUCACUCGUCUUUUGAUAAGACUUUUAACGAUGAGGACGGUUCCCCUUCCAGUCCUGAUCUGGUGGUUCAUGCACGACAGGAGCAGUGUUUUGUUUUGUUUUGUUUUUUUCCCUUUCUCACCUUUUCAUGCAAUUUACAGAUGAAAUUGUGUAUUUUUUUUUAAUAUAUAACUUUAUGAACUUAAUUGUAAUUGCCUAUGUCAAACCUUUUCUCUCUCCAUUUUUGCUCGGUUAUACUGUACGUUUGUCCACAUUCCAGUCUAUAUCUAGUAAUUAUAAAUCAGUGUGUGACAUGGGCAAUAAAUAAUAACUAUAUCUUUUAUACAUAGUAUACAAAAAAAGAAAUAUAUAUGUUUUGUUUUCUUACAUGUAUUGGAUGCCGAAAUGGAUUACAGCAAUGUAAUAUGCUACAAUUCGCAAUUGACAUCAACAGCCAAAGGUUUAGGAAAGAACAAGAUAAAUGUUAUUUUUUAAAAAAAGAAAAUCUGGUUAUAAACUUGAGAAUGAGAUUAGUGCCUGUUACACUUUUCCUCUGUUCAAUAAAGUUCAAUGGGACACGUUUGUUGUUUAAGUGU